AUGAACAAAGAGCAGAAAAUCAUUCUUUUAGUUUUGUUGUUGCAAGGUGUUUGGUGUGGAGAUUGGAACAUCAGUCUGCCAGAGAAGAUUGAAGCUCUGAGUGGAUCCUGUGUGACCAUAAACUGCAGAUUUGAUAUUAAUAACACAUAUGACAAAGAUCUCACUGACAGUGCUGCAGGAGUGUGGUUUAAAGAUGGGAUUAAAGUCAACAAUAUUGUGUUUAACUCCAGCAACUCCAAUCUCUCUUUUAUAGGGGAAAUAACUGGAAAAUUAAAAGACAAGGACUGUACUACCAUUUUUUAUAAUGUUACUUCAAAUCACAAAGGCAGAUUUAGGUUCAGGAUUGAGGGUAAUGGUCCACUGAAAUAUAUCUAUACACAAAAAUCUGUUUCAAUAAAUGUGAUCGACUCUCACCCCAAUCCCACAGUGCAGAUGUUUAAGGAUCAGAUGGAGGUUGAGGUUCAUGAGGAGGUGUUAGAGAGGAGCUCUAUGUGUCUGCGCUGCUCUGCUAAGACUCUCUGCUCCUCUUCUCCACCAACUCUCACAUGGAGCUCCACUGACAGACUCCACCUCAAUGAGAACAGCAGACUACAGCUGGAUCAACAGAAACAAACUGAGAUCAUCUCUGAUCUGAACUUCACUGCUACUCACCUUCAACAUGGAGUCACUUUCAUCUGCACUAUAAUCUACCAGCUACAGCAGAGGAACACAACAGCACAGAGCUACAUCACAUUACGUGUUCAGUAUGCACCCAAAAUCUCUCUCUUCAGCUGUAACAGAACUGAUGUAACUGUGUGUUUGUGUGAGGUUCAUGGGAAUCCCUCUCCUAAAGUGAAGUGGUUUCUAUCUGGACGUCCUGUCAGUAACUCCCCAAACGCAUCCAUCAUUGAGGAGCGAUUGAGCAGCACAGACUUGAGGAGCUUCAUUUCUCUCCAUCAGUCACUUACACACACAGACACUCUGCAGUGUGUCACCAUCAACACUCACGGCAAUACCAGUCAACAGAUUCAGCUGCUUCACUAUUCUCAUGAGACAAACUCUUUAGCAAAAGAGUUUCUGAUGUUGAUAAAUGCCUUCGAUCUUGAGCAACAUAUAAAUGUACCUACCCAUCAAGGUGGACACACUCUUGAUCUUGUGCUAUCACAUGGGAUUUCUCUUUAUGACCUGGAGGUAGUGGAUAACGGUGACAUUGACAUUGACAUUACUUUGACAUUUAUUUAUGUUUCUCUUUCAUGUGCAUGUUGUGUGAUUUUAGAUUGUCAUCUGACUUUAAUUCAACUCGUGAUCAUCUUAACACCGAUUCUUAUCCUGUAUGCUGUGACUGUUGGAUUUGGACUUUACAGAAUUAGACAAUUGAGCAACAAGCUGAAGGUUCUCAAUGAUGCAGGCACAUAUGCUUCUCUUCAGCUCUCUGCUCCGGUGUCUGAAUAUGAGACUUUGAAAUUAAGAAAGAUGACACACAAUAAACAACAUAAACAUUUGAAGUGAAAAUCUGUGACGUCUUUGGCAAAAGACAGAAAUACCAGCACUCCUUACAUGCUUAAAGGGACCUCAACCACCCAUCUGUCAUUACACUGGCAUCUGACAGCAACAAAUAGAUGUUAUUGAACUGUAAAUGUCAGUGGAAUUUAUGCACACAAUUAUUA